AUCAUCACACAAUGAGUAACAAUAAUUCUGAAGAUAUUGCUGCUUCAAGUUUUGCCAAUAGAAAGGCUCUAUUCCAAAACCUACAGAGCAAUCCAAGUAAUAGUAGCACAACUACCAAAUCUACUACUACUCAAUCUUCCACUUCCACUACUACCACUGGUAAAUUACCUGCAUUCAAUCCGAUCAAUAAAUCAUCGACACCAAGCAACUCGUCAUCUACUACCUCCAGCACAACUCCCGCCAAUUCUAAUACAGUAGUCACCAACAACACAAGUGGCAGUGGAGGAGGUUCGAGCCAAUUUAGGGAAGCUUUGAAAGGAUUGAGUGGUGCAGCUGGAGGUAAUCCACUGUUUGCUGGUGGUUUUGUGAAGAGUACAACAACAACUGCAACCACCAGUUUGCCAACUUAUAAACCAUCAACACCGAGAGGUAAUAAUAAUAACAGUGGUGUUGUAAAUUCGGUGAGUGAAAAGAAGGAACCACCUAAAUUACCACCACGUAGAGGAUCUGGUAUUGGAUCAAACAAUACAAGCACUGCUACACUCACAUCAGGUGGUAGUAAUAAUAAUAAUAAUAAUUUGCAAACAGCAACAACAACAACAACUAGUCAACCUCCUCCUGCUUUGCCUCCUAGAAAACUUUCACAAAAGAAAGAUGAACCACCACAAAUACCAAUUGUUACUAAGCAACAAGUUGUCGUAGAGGAAGAACCAAUUGUUGAGGAGGAAAUUCAUCACGAAGAAGAAGAGGAAGACGAGGAAGAAGUUAUUCAAGUACGUGAUAGUAUUCGACAUGAAAGUGAUGACGAGGAUGAGUCAGACUCGGAGGAAAGUUCUACACCUUCUACACCAAGUGGAACAUCAUCUUCUACUACAUCAAUUAACAAUAACAAUAAUUCACUUCCACAAACAUUGACCAUUCAGAGUACUCCACCUCCUCUACCAAAGAAAACACCAAGUCAAGAAACACCAAUUGUUGAUAGUUAUUCCAUCACAUUACAUAAUGCUACACAAUCUUUGAACAACAACAAAUCAAAUCAGAAUGAUGACGAAGAUCCAACAGCAAAUCUACCAAAGGGAUGGACAGCCUACUUUGACCCUGGUCGUCAGGCCCACUAUUACCACAAUGAAUUUACUGGAAAAACAACAUGGAAGAAGCCUCCAUCCGAUGUUAUUGUCUCCUCUUCAUCAUCUACUUCUGCAACAACAACAAAGGAAGAAGAACAAUUAGAAGAUGGAUGGACAGCCUAUUUCGACUCUGGUAGACAAGCCUACUACUAUCAUCACGAACAGACUGGUAAAACUACAUGGAAGAAACCAAUCAAGCAACAACAACAACCAAAGGUUUCUCCUCGCAAGCAAACUCCACCUCCAACUAGUACUACCACUUCUGCUGUACAACAACAACAAACUUCUCCACAGAAACAAACACCUCCAGUUGUCCCAACUAGAAAACUCUCACAAAAGAAGGAUGAUGUUGCUCAGGAAUCAACAACGCAACAACCUCCUUCUAUUCCUCCUGUAAAACCAACUCGUCCUGCUACCAAGAGUAUUAUUGAGAAUAAUCCUCCUCCAGUUGUUGUUGUCGAGAGCAAACUUCCAUCAUUACCACCUGCAAAACCAAUUAGAAAGGAAACAAAUUCUCCAACAACAACUCAAGGAGAUUCAUCUGCUCCACCUCUUCCUCAGGAAAACCACUCAACAAGGCAACACCCCCACCACAAAUUCCAACAGGAAAACCAUCAAGAAAUCCUUUGGAAUCUUCUGCAAAGAAUGAUCAUCGUCAAUCGACAGUCAUUAGGGAAGAUGUCAUGUUGCAACCACAAUUAAUGCCAUCUCUUCCAGAUGAAGUUGGAUUUUCUAGAAAGUCCAUCUCACGUGAUCGUUAUCAACCAAUCAACUCUGCAUAUCAACAAGAUUUCCGUGUUCGUAGAUUGGAAGAUCGUGAAAUGUGUGACGAUUUAACAUUGCUCCUUUCACAAAG